UGCUCAUUCGUUCGAUUCCUCGUUUUAUACGCAUUCAAAACGUAACACCAGGUGCUUUUCGUUCGCUCAGGUAAAGCUAUUAAUUUAAUAAACUUGGAAAGUGACGUAAACUGGCAUGAAUAAGAGCUGGUCACGUGAUUUCCGUUAGGGAAAAACGAUUUCUCAUUGGGUGAAGAGAACGUGUGUCAUGAAAGCGCAAAAACGCAAAAGAUCGAUAUUUUAUUUUAUACGACUCCUCUUCGGAGAAGUGGAGAGCUUCAGAUAUUAAUUCCUUAUGAAUUUUAGAACACAUCGAGAGCUCUUUUAUAGUUUUUACCAAAUUACCUCUUCCAUAUUAUGAUUUAAUUAAUAUAGAUAUGUGCUAUUUAAAGUGCCUUGGAAUUUUCGUCUUUUGUGAUAUAAUUUUUUUAGUUUCUGCACUUUUUAGGACAGUAUGAUAACGAUGAUUUUAUGACGUUUACAAACACCAUGGAGAUACUACUUAGCAACUGCACCCUUUCAACUGCAUCUUACGAAGGCGACAAGGCUUACGUCUUCCUCGCCUCCACGACAGCCGUCCUCUCUUUCUUCCUCAAUCUAAGUCAGUUCAUCAUCAUCAUCCAUCAGCGAUUACUCAAAGAAAACAAAAACAUCAUCAUCAUCAACCUCUGCAUUUGCGGUCAGCUCUCAUCCGCUUCGGUGAUCUGGUACAUCUACAAGGUCGUCUCCUUCUGGCAAGAGGAACGCCUGGUGGACGAUUACUUGCUGUGCUUCUUGCUGCCAUCCGGUCUGCAUCUUCUGACCAUUUUCAUCUUCACGCCUUUAAUCACCUUAUUAGUCCUGCAGCACAAUCUGGUGAUUCGACCCAAGACUGGAAAGCGAUUCCAAAGCACUCAUUUGGUGAUUGGAUUGCUGAUCGUUCUCUCCUGGUGCCAAGCCAUCAUCAUAUCCAUCAUACCAUUAACCGGUUGGAACAACUGGAACGGUGUUUGUUCUCUUCCACUAGCAUGGUCUCCGUCCUUCACUAUAUUAAUUUGUAUUAUAUACUUCUUACACUAUCCAAUAGUGCUGAUAUUACUGGCAGAUUUGUGCCUGUGGUCUUCAAAGCGGAGAAAUUCCAUCAGUCCAGAACCGCUUUGUUGCCAAUCGAAACUCGAGCUUUGUCACGCCGUCCGAAUAGCAGAAAAGCCUUUGAGCAACAGGAAUGCUAUUUUUCUAUUUCUAUUGUACAUGGCAGGAACGAUGCCUUUCAUGUGUUACGCUGCUAGCGUUGUCAUGGAUCAAGACAUGGACUUCUGCAGCUCGUUGGUUGCUAAUGAAAAAGCUGCGAUGUGGACUUCUUGGGUGACAGUUGUUUUUGCUGCAAUCCGUCCGUUGUUUCACAUAUUUAUGGAAGACGAUUUGGGCGACGCUACUGCAGUUUUCAUCACAACAGUGUCCAGGAGAAAAAACUGCAAUACGUGAUAUUUACAGAACUAUGAAAUUGUAUUUAUUUUUUAAAGUGUCAAAAAUACGAUUUUUUUUCGCUUCAUUUUGUGGAAUGUAUUGUGUUUUUAGCUGUUUCUUUCCUGUAUAAAAAGUCAGUAUGCAAACAA